AUGUCAUCAUCUUCAUCAUCCGAUUCGACGGCGGUAGAGGAGGCUAAGUAUAUCGGUUCCGUCAUGGCGAAAACGGUUGCAUACUAUCAAAACCGACUAGAUGAAACAUCACGUGCACAACCUAACCUAAGAAAGUCGCCGUUACGUAGAAAUCACGAAGCCGAACACGAUCGCCUUAUAGAAGAUUAUUUUGUAGAUGACGCCGUCUACGCUGUAAAGUUUCGACGUCGUUUCCGGAUGAGGAAGGAACUAUUCUUACGUAUUGUUGGCGAUUUGGAAGGUCGCUUUCCAUAUUUCCAAUGGAAAAUGGAUGCAAGGGGAAAAAAAGGGCAACAAUAUUUGCGCAAACCAACUAUCAACGAUAUCCACCAAUUGUAUACGGUGCAUGAAGGCAAACAUGGAUUCCCUGGAAUGCUAGGUAGUAUCGAGUGCAUGCAUUGGAUUUGGUCAUUAUGCCCCAACGCAUGGUGUUGUCAGUACAUGAGAGGCGACCACAAAGAGCCGAUGAUCAUUCUAGUGGCUAUCGCAUCACAUGAUCUUUGGAUAUGGCAUGCAUUCUUUGGUCCAACUGGUGCAAACAAUGACAUCAACAGUCUAGACCAGCCGCCUGUAUUCAACGAUAUCUAUCUUGGAAAGUCACACGAUGUACCUUUUCAAGCAAAUGGGGUAGCAUAUAAGCGUGGAUACUAUCUUACUGACGGUAUAUAUCCUCCCUUGUCUGUUUUUGUGAAAUCGUUUACAUGUCCUAACGAACCGAAAAGGAAAAAGUUUAAAGAGGCACAAGAGUCAGCUAGGAAGGAUGUGGAGCGAGCAUUUGGUGUAUUUAAGAGACGUUGGCAAGUAUUAACAGUCGGGGCAAGGUCAUAUGAGGUGAAAAGGUUACAACACGUAAUGUAUGCAUGUAUCAUAUUGCAUAAUAUGAUUCUUGAAGACGAAAGAAGAACGAUAUGUCGAUACAACGAAAAUGAAGUUUUGCCAAAUGUCGAAGGAGUAGCCGUUGGUACACAAGAGUAUAGGGUGAAUAGAAAAGAAGUACACAAUCGCGGCAUUCAUCAGACCCUUCGUGCUGAUUUGCUGGAGCACAUUUAUAGGGCUCAUAUUCAGCCCCCGCACGAGUUAUCUCACGAUAAUUUGUUUGACGAAUCAGACGAAGAUUCUGAGAUGUUCGUCGAGAGUGAAGAUUCCGACGACGAGAGUGACGCCGAGGAGAAUGAUGCAGAUGAUCAAGGCGAUGACGAAGACGAUGAUUCCGAGUGA